GCAGGGUUUGGAUUUCAGUCGAUUUCAGUGAGAAAAGCUCGGGAGCUUUCAACUUCAAGGUGGAAGAGAGCGGCUCAAAAGUGUGGUCGCAAGUCAUUGACAUAAGAGGGACCCUCUUCUCCUGGAGAAGGAUAAUCUUACCUGCGGCGGAGAUCAGCACACACCCUGCAUUCUCUAGAGGCUGACAAAUUCAUAGUCACUUUCACUUUCAACAUAAGUGAGCAUCCAGGACGCGGAGCAAGCACACAAGGACUGAGCUCACCAGCUGCAGGACUCCAUUUGUCAAUGCAUUCUUCAUUUCCCAGCUGCUGACAUCAGUUGUUUGUGAGCUCAAGGGCGCGAAGAGAAGAUUCAGGUUUUCGAGGUUGCCCUUUGGGAAGAAAACGGCAUCAUGGCUCUCCUUGAUGAAAUAUGGCACAAAUAUGGUCCAGGCUUGGCAGGAGCUAUAUUUGGAGCUGGUUGGUGGUUUUGGGUUGACGCUGUGGCCAUCAGCAAGACCAAGGUCGAAUUUGUCCACUACUUGCCAGGAAUUUUUGCCACCAUCGCUGCCCUCAUGUUUAAUUGUGUACGAAGAGAAGACCUCCAGGAGUACGAUCCCUACGACGAUGGCGCCGGGUGCAGGUCUCGGGUCUGGCUUUUCCUUUCAUACGUCUUGUCAUUUGUGUCACUGGCGGGCUCCGUUGGCUUGCUGAUCAACGACUACGCGAACCCGGCAAUAACAUCAACAUGGCCUGGUGUGGCUGGCGUCUGUCAAUGUACAUUCAUCUUGGGCAGCGGCCUAUUGUAUUGGAUGUCAAGAUCGUCUUCAGACUCUUGACAGGGCAGGUCAAGCGGCACUGCUGAUGUAAGCUGCCAGAACUGAUGCCACUCCCAUAGCACCCUCGAAUAGGACGAUAUAUAAACACUGGUUCGAGUUUAUAAGCAGAUCUGAUUUGCCUUUAUUGAGCCCUCCGAAUUGACACACUACUUCAACAUAUGCAUUUGAGAAAGGAGAGCUGGACGUGAUGCGAUCCAAGCUGUAGCAAUACGUCACGCUGUAUCAUAUCAAAGUUGAUUGUCGAAUUGAAAUAGAGGACUUGUUUCGUCUCAAGGCCUCAAAUCUAUAAGCACUAUCCAAUUCUAUAGUCGAACAUCUGAC